UUACUUAAAAUAAAUCUCCUUAUAAAAAGAAAAUUAAACUGUCAAUCUUCUCACCCUAAAUUAAUUCUUUUCUCCUUCAACAACGACACUAAAACAUGCACCCCAUAUUCUCUUGCUGAAUAAGACAUCUUCAACCCAUUGAAAAAUUCCAUAUACCCUUUGAGAAAAACAUCCUUAACUCAUUGUUUGUUCAAAGAAAAACACAUACAACCACCAUAUUAUUUUUGUGUUGUUCUUGUUUACCAAACCUCAACUCAGAAAUGCGGAUUUAAUUCCGUUAGUUAUUAACCCCUUUUCCUUCGGAAAAAAAAAACAAGGUCUGUCUGAAUCCCUCAAAAGGGGAUUAGCAAAGACACAAAUCUGUCAGAAAAUAAGAGAAGUUUAGAAGGCUCAAACCAACAUAAUGUUGUUUUCCCUUCUUUGAUAAAACUAAGAAGGGGAAAGACAUUUAUAAGGAAUCCCCUUACAAUGGUAAGAGCAUUUGAUCGUAGCAGAUCAUCAUCCUUCAAGUUUAGAAAAAUGUUUGAAAGACAAAAUACAAGUGAAUCCAAAACUCCAAUGGAACAUCAUCAUCAACAACAACAACAACUCGGUUCGCCAUUGGUUUCUUCUCCGAAUAAUAAGGCCUUAGUUUCUCGUCCUAGCAAAGAACCUGUUGUUCAUAAUAAUUCUGCCAAGAUACCCUCAUCAGAUAUAGAAUUAUUGAAAGAAAGGUUUGCAAAACUGUUGCUGGGGGAAGACAAUUCAGGUGGUGGCAAAGGUGUUUCAUCAGCUUUAGCUUUGUCUAAUGCCAUCACUAAUCUUGCAGCUUCUGUAUUUGGAGAAUCAAAGAAAUUAGCACCAAUGCCCCCAGACAAGAAAGCGAGGUGGAGAAAAGAAGUGGACUGGCUCUUAUCAGUCACUGACCACAUUGUGGAACUGGUACCUUCAUCCCAGCAAGCAGCUAAUGGCUCCACCAUGGAGAUAAUGGUAACAAAACAACGAAGCGAUCUCCUAGUUAACAUCCCAGCAUUGCGAAAGCUUGACGCUAUGCUUCUUGACUGUUUAGAUAACUUCAGAGGGCAGACGGAGUUUACAUAUGUUGAUUUCAAGGAUGCAAACGAGGCCGAGAAAUCCGCCAGUCGAGACAAUGACAAAUGGUGGAUACCCACUGUGAAGAUUCCUCCUGGUGGUCUAUCGGAUGUGACGAAGAAAUGGAUACAGUACCAGAAAGAUGCUGUCAACCAGGUUCUGAAAGCAGCCAUGGCUAUUAAUGCCCAAGUGCUCUCAGAAAUGGAGAUCCCAGAAAGCUACAUUGAGUCCCUUCCAAAGAAUGGACGUGCAAGCUUAGGUGAUAUAGUCUACAAAAGCAUCACAGAUGAAUUCUUUGAUCCGGAUGGUCUACUAUCGACGAUGGACUUGACGUCAGAGCACAAAGUACUCGACCUCAAGAACAGGAUUGAAGCCUCCAUUAUAAUUUGGAGGAGGAAGAUGAUCCAGAAAGAUGGAAAGUCAUCAUGGAGCUCAGCGAUAAGCAUGGAGAAGAGAGAACUCUUUGAAGAAAGGGCAGAGACCGUGCUACUAAUACUUAAACAUCAUUUCCCAGGACUUCCUCAAUCCACACUUGACAUAACCAAAAUCCAAUACAAUAAGGAUGUGGGACAUGCAGUACUGGAGAGCUACUCCAGGGUACUAGAAAGCUUGGCUGCUGCUAUAAUGAAUCGGGUAGAUGAUGUCAUUUAUGCUGAUACUUUAGCUACUAAAUCGUCAGGUAAUGAAUCAGAAGAUAAUCUCUCACCAUCACAAUGCGAUUCAGAGAAACCAGGGACACCAACAUCAAUGACAUUAUUAGAUUUUAUGGGUUGGAAUAUCGACCAUGGAGAAGAACUCAAGAAGGACUCUGGUGAUUUUGACGAGUAUUUGAAAGAGCAAGAGCAUGAAAAGUUUAUGUCAAAGACUCCACCAGAAAACAAGAAAGUUUCAUAUCUUGAGAGGCUUGAGCAUUGGGGUGGCCUAAGAAGUCCAACGGCGCGGCACUAAAAGCAAGAAUACAACUAGGUUGGCGUGUCGUGAUGAGCGCAAGGAACGCGACAGAUAUCAGACUGACAGAGGCACAUAAAGAGUGUAGGACUAAAGCAUAUAGGGAGAUUUUUAUUUUUCUGGGAUGUAUUUGUAUAUUAAGAUUUGACAGAUACUGGGGUUUGUGCUGAACUAGUCCUUUAGGAAUUCUUCCUUCCUAUGACAGGACAGGGAAGUUGCAGCAUUUUACCACUUUCGGAGGUUUCCGGCUUCCUGACUUGUAGUUUGUGU